AUGCGUGCCAUGCGCGAGAGUCUGCACGACGUUCCACCAGUGAAUAACAUUGAUGGCGUCCGAUUGUUCAGGUUGACAAGCUCCCCCAAUGCAAAGCGCAUCAUCGACCUUUUGUUUAAUCCUCAGGGGCCUUUGCAAGCGCUGCACAAUCGCGUCCAGGAAGCUGGAUGCAGCGUUGACCCAGACGGAAAUCCAGUGAAGAUUGUUUUCGUGCCAUGUGCUCAAGAGCAGCUUCUGGAACUUGAGCAGAUUGCCACUGAUCAUGGCUUUGAGCUGCGGCGGGACGCACACAUCCUGGCGUUGGAGCGGGACGCCGAGCUCAUGGAGAUGGCGCUGCGGAGUCUACCACGGAAGGAUCGUCCGAAGCUGAAGAAAGUUGGUCCACAACGGGAGGACGUGGGUGCUCAGCAGGUUUCGGAGGCGCUUGUGGGGGAAGACGAGGAUGAACCUGAAGACCCUAUGAUCGUGAGACCUGGCUUGGAAUUGGAAGCAAAGUGUCGAAAGCUGUUCUCCCAUGUUUUCCCUAAUUUGCGAUCAUGUCACAUGCAGAUGUGA